AUGGCCGGCUCAUCGAAUGUUGGCGGCGCCCAGUCGCUGCUCAACCUCCUCAACUACGGCAACCCGAAGUCCUCUACGGCGACCUCGAAUGCGCCUCCUCCGGCCUCACAGACACCGACACCAGCACCUGCGGCACAGGUCGAUCUGUUGGCGAUGCUACGGAAAGGAGCUACGCCUGUCCCCAGAGAUGGAGAUGCUGCGGCUGCUGCACCCGCGAAAGCUCAAGAGGCCAGCGACGAGGAGAUGCUGAAGAAGCUCAUCGGGCAGCGCCAGCCAUCACGAUCGACUCGAGAGGCUUCCAAUGGUUCUCCUGCAACUCCGACCAAACAUAAUGGCGAUGCUGUGGCAGAGCCUCCUCGCAGUAACGGCACCCAAGCUGGGCCAAAGACAGAGCCUCUUUUCACAUACACCAACCCUUUCAAAGCUCUGCAAGAGUCCCGUAAAGCCACCCCCACUCAAGCUACUCCUCAAGCUACUCCUCAAGGGAAGGCUUCUCCUUCGCCCGUGUUCACGUCGCCCGCCGUCGAUGCCCCAGCUUGGCCGCAAGAGUUUCCUCAUCGUAGAAUGCUGACUCCGCGGUCAGCAUCUGCGAAGGCGGAUAGGCUCGCUCGGCAGAACUCGGUCAAAUCAUCAGGCACUCCCGAACCAGUCGUGAAGGAAGAAGCUGCCGAAGCCUCGAACGCGGAUUUACCUAUCCGGUCGAAGGCGGUCGAAGAGGCUGAGAAGUCUCAGCCGGCUGAAGUGCCUGCUUCCAUUCAAGAGAAAGCUACACUCGCGUCAGAGGAGGUUGGCUGGGAGAACCCGUCGAAAGACAGUCCACCUGGCGCUGCGGAUGAGUGGGAGGAUGCUGAAGAGUCUCCGAGCCCACAAGCUGAGCGCGGGAGCGUUCCGGUGUACAACUUUCCAAUUCGCCCUUUCAUUGCUUUGACACUCAAUCUUGCGAGUCCGUCUGAAGUCACUGUUCGGGACGAGGGAGUCAUGGAGAUUUCUCGACUGAAGAAGGAAUUCGACCAGCUUGAUCGCUCGCUUGCGGCGGCUACAACCAAGUACAUUGCUUAUGCUCUUGUCAAGAACGGAGGCAUUCGCAUUAUCCAGCAGGACAACGGCAGCGACAGACAGGUAUUCAAGAAUUCUGGCGACCGCGUCUUCAAUGUCUCGUUCUGUACUACGGCUCACAAUGCUCCUGCGUCGGAUCAUCAAGCUAUUCUCGGUACCGGUGUUAGUGGAACUGUCUACUAUGCGACAGUCUCCAAGGAGGGCAACGAUCUGUUCGCGAAGAAUGAAUUGGACACAGAGAUCCUGUCCUUCCCACCAUGGCCGCCAGCUGAUGAAGGUUCCGCUGGUGGUGUCUUGAAGACUCGAGCCAAGAAGAGCUCUCGGCAUCCAGAGUACUUUGCCAUUGGUCGUGGCAAGUCUAUCCACAUCAUCUGGCCAGCGACUGCUAUGUUCCCCAAAUAUGGUAUUGGUGAGAAGGCUCGUGAGGUCGACAUGGAGUUGCUGUACAAGGAGCGUAAUCUCCAGAUCGCCACUGGUAAGGCUGGCAAGGACUUCAGCUUCAGCGAAGAUGACACUUUGAUUGUUUCUCUCGACAAGACGGGUAGACUCCGUUUCUGGGACAUCAGACCUCUCACCGACGAUGCCAAUGCUACGAGCGGCAGAAUCGAGCCUGUCAAGGUUGAUACACCUUUGCUUUCACUGAUGACUGCUUCGCCAUCUGAGAAAUCGUGGCCCACGUCUGUUCUGUUGAUCGAUAAGGCUCGACCAUACCUGAAAGGUGGUGCGCAGCGAUAUGUGCUCGUUGGGCUACGACAGAAUCACACUCUUCAGCUCUGGGAUAUCGCACUGGGCAAAGCAGUUCAGGAACUCAACUUCCCUCACGAAAGCGAGACCGACGGUGUCUGCAGCGUCAAUUAUCACCCACAGAGUGGCUACAUUGUCGUCGGUCAUCCCACUCGCAACUCCAUCUUCUUCAUCCACCUUUCGGCGCCUCGUUAUGCUGGUAGCUCCUCGACUGAUCAAGCCACCUACGUGUCGAUGAUCGCGUCUAAGGACCCCGAUGCGCCCAAACCCGAGUCGACAGCAUGCAUGAGCGCAGUCCGCGAGAUCUCGUUUGCCUCCUUGGGCCAGCUUCGCAGUGUUGAGUUGCUAUCACUCUACAAGGCGACCAAGACCGAGAAAUCGGCCGAUGACCCGCUGUUCGAGCUCUACGUCGUACAUGCCAAGGGUGUGACGUGUCUGACCAUCACGAAGGAAGAUCUCGGUCUGGACGCUGCCAGCAAAGUCGUGGAGGGUAUCGAUGCUGUCAAAGCCGGCAUCGUUUCAACCAAGGACCUCAAAUUGGGUAGUAUCAUUGAGGAAUCAUCGUCUAGGGCAAGAAGCCCGCCUGAGGAAUUGACUCCCGCUCCUUCAAAAUCGUCCAAGAAGAAAGCUAAGAAGGCUCAGCAGGAUACCAGCACCAGUGUUGAGCAAGGUGAGGUUGUUGAGGUGCCCAUUGAGGAAGCACUACCAGCUGAGAGUGCUACGAAUGGCGUUAGCAAAGCAGAGCCGGCCAAUGAAGAGCCUCUUAUCGCUCCCAAGGAGAGCAAGAAGAGCAAGAAGAAGGCUGUUCAGGAGGCCAAAGUCAAACCUCCAUCUCGCACUGGCUCACCUGCCAAGACCGCAACUUCAAGUGCUGCCCCGCAACUCGAACCAAAUGUGACUUCAGAACCUCCGGAGUUGCCACCAACCACUUCUGCGCCGGCUGCACCCGCUGCACCAACCGAAGACAUGGCGGCUUCGGCGAUUCUUCAGAAAGCCGCUCACGAGAUGAGCAUCACGCAAGCGUUUAGAAGCGAGCUUGCUAAUCUCUACAAGGACAUCCAGAACGAUAGGAUCGCCCAAGAUGCUACCGCAAGCGCGCGACAAGAGGCUAUUCUACGACUAGUCUCGCAGACCCUUACCAACAACGUUGACAAGAGUUUGGCGAACAUAGUGUCUACGCAGAUUCAACAAGGUGUCAUUCCUGGUCUACAAGCGACUGUUGGCGAAGCCGUCUCGCGAUCGCUCCAGCAGGUCUUACCUCAAGAAGUUGCCAAGCAACUCCCUAGUGCGCUCCAAGCAACACUCACUGGUCCCAAAUUCGCUCAGUCGAUUCAAGAGAACAUUUCGCAAAAGCUUAGCAAGAGUCUCGAGGCUCAAGUGGUCGACACCAUCAACCGCAACGUCGGUGGUGCCGUGGCCGCUGCCGCUGAAAAAGCUGCAUCUGCAGUCGAGACUCGCAUGGUUCCGCUGUUCCAGAAGCUUGAGAACGAUCGUCGAAAUGAUCGAGAGCGCCUUGAGAAGUUCAACACUGCAAUCGCUGGCAUGGUGGAAACACUCAAGUCGAUGUCCGAGACGCAGGUCGCCUUCCAGAACCAGAUUCUUCUAGAUCGUCAGCAGCUGUCCGCAGCUCCGCCUGGAGUGGCUCAAAUGAGUGCAUCUCCUGCUCCGAUCGCCCAACCUCGCGCUAUCAAGCCUAAGUCAGCUCAAGAGUUGGAGAGAGACGAAGUUGAGGCUCUCAUGAACGCUGGUCAGUACGAAGAUGCUUCCAUUAAAUGGCUGCAUUCUGCAUACCAGGUUGAGCUGUUCGAUAACCUCUUCGUCGGCUUCACACCCGAGUAUCUUGCCACCGAUGCAUCCGCACUUGUUGCUUUCUCAAUUGCUGUCACCGUCAGUAAGAGUCUGGACACCAAUGUUGAAGCUAGACUGGAUUGGAUCAAGGCUGCCGUGGAUGCUGUGGAUUGGCGGGACCCGGAGAUCACCGAGCUUAGUAGCCAGGCUCCGCAGUUGCUCGACACACUCAUCAGCAAGAUUGAAGGCUCUACAUGA